AUGUUAAAUAUUUUUAUUAAAAACUUACUAUUAUUUAUUAUUUCAAUAUGGACUCUGGACCGUUUUAACGUUGUUGACUGUAAUUACGAUUCCGUCCGGGAUAAGAAAUUUAAAGUACAGGAUAAGCCUAGUGUAAAUACGAACAGAACGUUGACAGAAGGUGGGAGGAGAAACAACAAUUAUGCAAAUAGACAGAAUGCAAGAAGGUUCUUGAAUUCGCGUGCUGGAGAUAAUAGACGUUAUUCCUCAUCCUAUGAUAAUGAUAAUUAUGUGAUCUUUCAAGGCCAUAAUUAUCCUUCCUAUCAACAUACGGAUAAUUAUUCAAGAUACCAAGAUGCGAAUGGUUCAUCUCGUCGUAGGCAUAGACGCCAAAAUGUAGGAAGCCCCAAUCGACGAAAUUUUGAAAAACCUCGCCACCAUUUUGAGAAACCAACUCACCUCGAUUUUGAUGGACUACCUCACCAACAUUUUGAAAGAACAAAUCGUCUAGAUUUGGAUUAUGAUGAUACCAAAUCUUUCAGUGGUUCUCAUCAAAAUUAUGAGGAUAUUCGAUAUGCACCUAUCGACGACGAUGAUGAGAGUGAGGGCUCAACCUCUGAAGAAGAUAAUCUUUCAAAUUAUUCAUUUAAUGGUUCCCUGCCCCAUCGCCGUAGAGUUCCCUACCAACGUAAAGGACGUAGUGGACACCACCGAUCAUAUGGCAGGGAUGAUUAUUCAAUGUUCGAUGAUACGUUUGAUACUCGUUCUUUAAAAGGCACUAAAUAUGUAAUUUCCGAGCACGGUAAUCAUAAUGCAUUCGAAGAUGAUGAUGGGGAUGACGACGAUGAUUUGGCAUUUUUAGACCAGCACUACACACUUCCUUUAAAAAAAAAGAACAGUGUUUAUGGAGAUAGCGAGUAUAUUGUAAAUGAAGAAGACGAUAAUGAAUACGAAAGUCAUGACUUAACAGUAGUGCCUCAUAGUAAAAAGAGAAAUACUGUUGAUAAACGCAUGAGAGAGUAUAUAAAAAAAUAUGAUGGCAAAGUUGUGAAACAGUUACCUUUCCUUUCUACCGUUUUUUUCAUUGGUGGUGUCGUGUUUUCCUGCUUUCAUUAUGUAGCAAUACCCAUUUUAUGUAGUACUUUAUCUUUUAUAUUCACGUCCUACUAUAUUAAAAGGCUUAAAAAGAAAAGGAAAGAACAAAAACGAGUGAGACGUGAAUAUCUUAUGGAUUCAUAAAACAUGUUUUUUUUUUCGUUUUCUUAUUAAACUUUAUAUAUUUUAUUUUUUUCCCUCGUUUUUUUCUUUAUUUUUGCUUUAUUUUUGCCAUAUUUUUGCCUUAUUUUUGCUCUAUUUUUGCUCUACUUUUGCUCUAUUUUUUUAUUUGUUUUUAAGGUGUAAAAAGUAAAUAAUUCAUGUGCCUUUUUUGUGGUGUAUAUAUAUCAUUCUGCACAGAAGGGGGCCGUUCGUUAUCCUCUUUUUUAGUCGGUUUUAAAUUGAAUGUUCUAACGUUGAAUAUAUUCCUCUAAAAUUUGUUACA